GGAAGAAGCUUCAUCAGGAUUCCAUAUUUGGGACUUUCUGUUUAACCAUGUUUGCCAGUCUGGAAUUACCUGAAGUCCUGUUGCACACCCCACAACACUGAAGUUGUGAAAUUUGUUUUGAUCAACUGGAAUACUUCUCAAGUGACGUGCAGCAGGAUUCUGCCAGGAACCCCCUCCUGUUUGUCCUGGUGGAGGAACAGCCUGGCCCCUGCCAUGGCCACCAUUCUCAGCCUCACACAGCUGGACUCACAGAGCCCAAUCCUGGCUCACCAGCAUCACCUUGACGUCUGACAGGCUCCCAUUGUUGGAAACAAUGGUUUUGGAUGAUCUGCCUCACUUAAAAGACACAUAUGCCUCCUUGUGCUCCUCAGCUAUGGAAGACUUAGAGGUGGAUUUUGAUUCAGGACUGGAGGAAGAUGAACUGAAACAGGAGGCUGCUCCUGGGGAUUCCACAAUCUUUGUGGCUUUUAAAGGAAAUAUAAGUGACAGAGACUUUGAGCAGAAGCUGGAUACCAUACUGGAGAAUGUGCCUGGCCUUUUACACAUGGAAUCCAACAAGUUGAAAGUGCAGAAGAUCGAGCCAUGGAACAGCGUCCGUGUCACCUUCAACAUCCCCCGCGAGGCGGCCGAGCGCCUGCGCAUCCUGGCCCAGAGCAACAACCAGCAGCUCCGAGACCUGGGCAUUCUCUCCGUUCAGAUUGAAGGGGAAGGUGCCAUCAACUUGGCUUUGGGCCAGAGCAGGAGCCAGGACGUGCGGAUCAACGGGCCCCUGGGCGCGAGCGCGGCCAUGCGCAUGGACACGGCGUUCCCCAUGCAGGGGGGGCAAGGUUUAAUAAGAAUGAGCAAUGCAGCAGCUGUCAUGAUGUCCCAGGGUGGAAAUGUGCCCUCCUCUAUGGUGGCAAGUGGUGCUAGUGCUGAGCUGCAGCCACGAACACCUCGGCCUUCCUCACAGCCAGAUGCAAUGGACCCACUCUUAUCUGGGCUAAAUAUGCAGCAACAAAAUCAUCCAUCUGGAUCUUUAGCUCCUCAGCUCCAUUCAAUGCAGUCAGUUCCUGUAAACAGGCAGAUGAACUCAGCCAACUUCCAGCAGCUCCAGCAGCAGCAGCAGCUGCAGAAUCGGCCUCCUCAGCCCCAUCAGCAGCCACCACAGGGCAUCCGACCUUCAUUCACCUCACCAGCACAGGUUCCAGUUCCCCCUGGCUGGAACCAGCUUCCUUCUGGAGCACUCCAGCCUCCUCCAACCCAGGGAGCACUGGGCACACUGACAGUGAACCAGGGCUGGAAAAAGGCCCCAUUGCCUGGACAAAUGCAGCAGCAGCUUCAAGCAAGACCAUCUCUAGCAACAGUACAAACUCCUACCCAUCCUCCACCUCCAUAUCCUUUUGGAAGCCAGCAAGCUUCUCAGGCUCACUCAAACUUUCCCCAGAUGAGCAAUCCUGGCCAGUUUACUGCUCCUCAAAUGAAAAGCCUCCAGGGAGGGCCCUCGCGGGUUCCUACCCCGCUACAACAGCCCCACCUGACCAAUAAAUCUCCUGCUUCUUCUCCCUCCUCCUUCCAGCAGGGCUCCCCUGCCUCAUCUCCCACUGUUAACCAGCCACAGCAGCAGCUGGGACCAAGGCCUGCCCAGAGCAGCACUCUUCCCCAGGGCUUCCAGCAGCCUGUCAGCUCUCCCAGUCGUAAUCCUAUGGUGCAGCAGGGGAAUGUACCCCCCAACUUCAUGGUGAUGCAGCAGCAAAACCAAGGUCCACAAGGUUUACACCCUGGUUUAGGAGGAAUGGCCAAGCGGCUGCCGCCGGGGUUCCCUGCAGGCCAGGCCAGCCAGAGCUUCCUGCAGGGCCAGGUGCCCCCAGCGUGCAGCACUCAGGUGGCCAAGGAUCUGGACCUCCUCAAACUCAGAUGCAAGCAGCACAUGGCCCACCAAAUAUGAUGCAGACCAAUCUAAUGGGACUUCAUGGAAAUAUGAACAACCAGCAGGCUGGUGCUAGUGGGGUGCCACAAGUUAACAUGGGCAAUAUGCAGGGACAGCCUCAGCAAGGACCACAGUCCCAGCUUAUGGGGAUGCAUCAGCAAAUCGUGUCCUCUCAAGGACAGAUGGUGAACAUUCAGGCUCAGGGAUCACUGAACCCUCAAAACCAGAUGAUACUUUCUCGAACUCAGCUCAUGCCACAAGGCCAAAUGAUGGUGACACCCCAAAACCAAAAUCUGGGUCCCUCUCCCCAAAGGAUGACCCCACCCAAACAGAUGAUUCCCCAGCAGGGACAGCAGAUGAUGUCCACACACAAUCAGAUGAUGGGACCUCAGGGCCAGGUGUUGCUACAGCAAAACUCAAUGAUGGAGCAGAUGAUGACCACUCAGAUGCAAGGGAAUAAACAGCCUUUCAAUACUCAAAACCAGUCCAACGUGAUGUCGGGGCCAGCUCAACUGAUGAGAGGACCAACCCCAAACAUGCAAGGAAACAUGGUGCAGUUCUCUGGGCAGAUGAUGGCACAGCAGGGCCCUGUGAAUGGCAAUCCUUCUCAGGUGAUGGGAAUUCAAGGGCAAGUUUUAAGACCCACUGGACCCAGCCCUCACAUCUCUCAGCAACUUGGGGAUACUGCGAGCACGACAAACAGCGAUGGCAACUUGACCCAGAUGUUACCUGAGGUUCCUGUGCAGCAGCCUAACAUGGUGCCUUCUCACAUGCAAGGAAUGCAAGGAAACAGCAAUGCUUCAGGGAGUCAUUUCUCUGGCCAUGGGCUGCCUUUCAGCACAGGGUUCAGUGGAACUCCCAAUGGGAACCAGGUUUCCUGUGGGCAGAACCCUGUGUUUCCUGUCAAUAAAGACGUGACGCUCACCAGCCCGCUCUUGGUUAACCUGCUCCAGAGUGAUAUCUCAGCAGGGCACUUUGGUGUGAACAACAAACAGAAUAACCAGAAUGCCAACAAGCCAAAGAAGAAGAAACCUCCAAGGAAGAAGAAAAAUAAUCAACAGCUAGAGCAAACAACUUCUUCAGAAUCACGUCCAGCUGGCCUGGAGGAGAGUGAUCAGUCAUCGAUGUCUGGAGACCAAGGACUGGGUUUAGAGAAGUCAGGCCCUAAACUCUCUGAUUUUGCAAGCAGGCCACCAGGUUACCCAUCCCAGCCAGUGGAGCAGAGGCCACUUCAGCAGAUGCCCCCUCAGCUCAUGGCGCACACGCAGCAGCCCCAGCCCCAGCAGCAGCAGCCCCAGGCAGCCCCACAGCAGGGCCAGGCUCCCCCCCAGACACCCCAGCAGCAGCAGCAGAUGAUGAUGAUGCUGAUGAUGCAGCAGGAUCCCAAAUCAGUCAGGCUGCCUGUGCCCCAGGGGGUUCACCCUCCCCGGGGGCCCCUGAGCGCGGAUGCCCAGCGGAUGCCAAUGCAGCAGAGCGGGAACAUGCCAGUGAUGGUGAACCUCCAGGGGCCCGGGCCCGUGCCUCCCUCUCCUGACAAACAGAGGAUGGCCCUGCCAGGCAACCCUCCUCUGGGAAACAAUGCAAGAAAAAUGGUUUAUCCAGAUAACGUACAGAAUCCUUCCAGCUCGCCCCUCAGAGAGGUGUCAGCAGUAUCCUCUCUUCCAGAAGGAGGUGGAGCUGAGGGCCCUCCAACAUCAGGAGCUCAGAAUAAUGUGACAUCUCAUUUAGUAGUUUCACAGAACCAGUUAAUGAUGACAGGACCCAAGCCUGGACCAUCCCCACUUUCAGCUGCCCAAGGUGCAAGUCCCCAGCAGCAGUCUAGUUCUCUGUCUAGUGCUCUUACACACCAUUUUCCAAAUGUUGCUGCCCCCUCACAAACAUCAAGGCCUAAAACCCCAAACAGAGCGAGCCCACGGCCAUAUUACCCUCAGACUCCCAAUAACCGUCCCCCCAGCACAGAGCCCUCAGAAAUUAGCCUGUCUCCAGAGAGGCUCAAUGCCUCUAUUGCUGGUCUGUUCCCUCCCCAGAUCAAUAUUCCUUUACCUCCCAGGCCUAAUCUCAAUAGAGGAUUUGAUCAGCAGGGUCUGAAUCCCACUACUUUAAAGGCCAUUGGACAAGCCCCAUCAAAUCUCACAAUUAACAAUCAGUCCAGUUUUACUGCCUCACAGUCACACAAGCUGGAAGGUGUGGUCAUGAAUUCGGGCAAACAAACCAACACUGGAGGAACAAAGAGAGCAAGCCCGAGCAAUAGUCGAAGGUCCAGUCCAGGAUCCAGCAGGAAAACUACACCAAGCCCUGGCAGACAGAAUUCAAAAGCAGCUAAAUUAUCAUUGACAACUCAGCAGAAUCCAUCUCUCUUGCAGAACAUGGAACUACAGAGAAAUAUGAUGGCUAGUCCCUCUUCUUUGCCAACACCCGUGACCACAAGUUUUCAAAAUAACUCCAUGCUAAGUAACCAGAAUCCCACAGUGUCUGUACCUGCUGUGACUGGCGUUCCUGAAGACAAUAAGGAGAGCCUUAGUGUGCCUCAAGAGACUGAGAGUCAAAGUGCACAAGGUGCCCUAGGUAGCAAGGACCAGCCCAGUAUGGAAUUGAAAGGUGCCCCUACUCCAGAAAUGAAAGCGCCAGCUCCUGAGGAACAGGCAAAAAAAGAUGGGCAAGCCUUAGACAGCACUAAGCUCCCAGUCAUGGAGGAAAGUAAAGCCAUGGUAUCUCCAGCCAUGAGGGAGGCACCAACUUCUCUAAGUCAACUUCUUGACAAUUCUGGAGCUCCUAAUGUGACCAUUAAGCCUCCUGGGCUGACUGGUCUUGAGAUGGCACCAAUAGUCCCCACUGGUGAGGAUCUAAAGAAGAUAGCUGUCAUUCCUCCACUGCAGGAUUCAUCCUUGAGCAAGGACCCAUCUAAUUCACUUAGCCUGCCUCAAAAUAAUGAGCCCUGUCCAAAUCCAGGGCCCCAGGAACUGGGAGAAGUAAGUGCAAGUGUGUCACAGAGUGUUCCUCCAGUUGUGCAGAGGCCUGUUAGCUCUUCUAUUUCAGGUCCUUUACCUCCCAACCAGAUAACAGUUUUUGUGACUUCCAACCCCAUUACAUCUGCUGCUAACACAUCAGCUCCAUUGCCAUCCCACUUGCAAUCUGCAUUGGUGUCCACUGUUGUCACCAUGCCCAACGUGGGGAGCAAAGUGAUGGUGUCCGAGGGACAGUCGGCGCCUCAGUCCAGUGCCCGGCCGCAGUUCAUCACCCCUGUGUUUAUAAACUCAUCCUCCAUCAUCCAGGUGAUGAAGGGCUCCCAGUCCAGCACCAUUCCAGCAGCCCCCAUGACAUCUAACUCGAGUCUGAUGCCUCAGUCGGUGGCAGUUGUUGGUCCUUUGCAUAUCCCACAGAAUAUCAAGUUUUCCUCGGGGCCCACUCCUCCCAGCACCUCCUCCAGCAGCCCUGUGUCCAGUAUUCCCACCAGCAGGUCACUCGUUCUGAACCCCUUGGCAUCUCCUGUCCAGCUGCCUUCUUCCUCUCCUGCUCCUUCCAGCGCUCCGUCCCAGCUCCCUGCUCAGCAGGCCAAGGACUCGGGCCCGGAGGAGGCUCCCCAAGGGGCAGGGCUGGCUGAGCAGGGCCCUGUGCCCGCAGCCCAGCCCGGACCUGUCGUUUCCUCUCUGCUCACGGGCAGCCCGGGCUCUGGGAACAGGCGCAGUCCUGUUUCAUCCACCAAGGGCAAGGGAAAGGUAGACAAGAUCGGCCAGCUCCUGCUGACUAAAGCGUGCAAGAAGGUCACUGGCUCUCUGGAGAAGGGGGAAGAGCAGUACGCUUUGGAUGGAGAAACAGAAGGUCAGGGACUAGAAACGCCGGUCCCGAACAGUUUGGGAACAGAGCAAGCCCCAGCAGAAGUCGAUAACAAAAGCGGGACCCCUCCGGCAGGCAGCGGAACCAAGCCGAGCACUUCUGGGCCCAGCCCCUCCAGCCUCAGCCCCGCGGCGGCCGCUCCCUCCUGCGCGUCCCCGGGCGCGCCCCCGAGCGCUCCCGGCCCCGGCGCGCUCCCGGCCGCGCCCGCUCCGGCCGGAGCGCCCCCGGCAGCCCCGGAACCCGCGGGGCCCGGUGCCAACAGCGGCAGCCCCGGCGGGGCACCGGAGCCCAGCGGCGGCGCCACGGCCGAGGAGAAACCCGCAGCACCCCCGGAGCUGCUGCCGAGCGCAGCAUCCUCUCAACAUUUAACACAGAAAAAAAGUUCAGUUGCAACAGCAGAAAGUACUGUUCAAAGAACAGAACUUGAGACAAAUGCUGCAGUAGUUGCUGGUCAAAGUAAUGAGACAAAAGAGAAUUGUGAAAAGUCUAAAACUCCAAGUAGAAGAAAUUCAAGAGCAGAGGAUUCUGCCGCUUCCCAGGAAUCUGUAGAGAACGGGCAGCGCAAGCGAUCCUCGCGACCCGCGUCGGCGUCCGGCACAGCUAAAGAAACGAGUGCCAGUGCAAUGCAGUCAAAAAGAAGAAAAUCCAAGUAAAUUACUGCAUGGAAACAUGAGACUUGUAAAUGAGUGUGAAUUUACCAAUAGCAAUUUUGAGCUGUGAUUUUUCUUUUUUAAAUAAAAUUCUGUACAGUAAGUAAUUUUAAUAUUAUACUGUUCCCAAUAAAUGAUUUUUUUUUCUAAAAAACAGAUAAAUAGAUAUAAAAACUGGGUUCUUCUAAAACCCCUGGAUUUGCAAAGUGAAGUCAGGGUUAGCACAUUAGGGUAAUGUGUUUGUAUGAAAUGGAAGGGGAGGGGAAGACAAUUGUAAAUUUAUUUGUUUCCACUUUUCAUAAACAAUUUAGAAUACAGGGUUGUCAUUUUUAGGUAUUAAAAUAAUGUAAUGUGCUGUUGUUUAAGUACUGUAUGUGAAUAGCAGUCAGAGGGUUUAUAAACAAACCCCAUGUUGUUUGGAAAUGUAAAUAAUUUUAUUAUAUAGUAGAUCUGAUGUAUUUGUUGUAGAAAUGGACCAGUGAAACAAAAAAAAAAAAUUAAGGGUUUGUAUAAUGUGGAAUCCCUCAUGCUCCAAAUAAAUGUUAUUGUCCUAUAAA